AUGGCCAUCACCGAAUUCCAGGAGAAAGUCUACUCCCACCUCGUCCUGAUCCCCCCCGGCCGUGUAACUACAUACGCGGCUCUCGCCCGCUCCCUGAACUCUAGCCCCCGCGCCGUUGGUGGAGCUCUUCGAAACAACCCUUAUGCACCAGAAGUACCGUGCCACCGCGUCAUUGCGAGUGACGGCUACGUAGGCGGAUUCAAGGGUGAUUGGGAAAAGGCGCCAUCGGGGAUCAAUCAAACCAUGAAACUGAAGUUGCUCAAGGACGAGGGCGUCGAGUUUACCAGCGAGGGCAAGUUGGUAGUCAGGAGAGGCGUCAAUAUAUGGUAUGAUGGUCCCUGGGAUUCCCAGAAGGGAAGUCAGACGUUAAAGACGACCAUUGCGCAAAAGGACCGGGUAUAA